AUGUCCCAUACCCGCCAUGAGCUUCCUUUAAUCGCAAUUGAUAUGGAUGAUGUUUUAUGCCGUACUAACGAGACAGUAGCGGAAUGGCAUAAUAUACACUAUGGUACUAACAUGACCAUCGCCGACUUUCAUUACUAUCACUAUUGGAAGAAUCCGGGAUGGGGUACACCAACCGAGACACUACGCAAAGUUCGAGAGUUUGCCCAAUCGGACUAUUUUAUCAAUACACCGCCUGUGGAGGGUGCGAUUGAAGGGGUGAAAAGGCUCAAGGGUCUGGGAUACCGUCUGGAGAUUGUCACCGCUCGUGCACUGAGACACCAGCCUGGGACGGAUAAGUGGCUAGAAAAAUACCUACCAGGUUCGCUUGUUGAUGCUAAUUUGCAAUGGCCAGCUCGCAUUGACAUUACGCAUGUAGGGGUUAUUGAUAAAGUCCAUUACACUGGCGAGUUCGAGCAUAAUCCCAACGCCGCUGUUCCCUCUCCUCCAAACGACUCUGAAAAUCCCAAAGAUACUACCAAAGCCGACGUCCUGAAGAAGAUAGGAGCUAAGGCUCUCAUAGAUGAUUCGUUGCCAAACGCUCUGCUGUGUUCCGAAGUCGUCCCGGUACUUCUUUUUGGAGAGUAUCAAUGGAACAAGAGGCCCAGCCUCGAUGUAACUUCACAGGAUAGAAUGAGUUACUCGGAACGUCAACGAUGGGAACAAGUCGAAGCAAAACAUCGCGCAGAAAAGAACGGGACCGAGUUGAAGGAAAAUGACUGGAACGAGUGGUGGGAGCGCGAUAAUCUUUAUAUUCUUCCUCCAAGAAUUGUUCGUGCUGGCUCCUGGACUAAUGUUAUCGAAUGGUUUAAGAGCAAUGAGGGAAGGAAAGCAUUGGGACACGAUUAA